AUGGCCCCAAAUUUUUCUGAGGAUCACGAAAAUUGGGGAUUCCGGCCAAAAUUCCGUGUUUUCCGCGUGUUUCGCAGGCGUGCUCGGUGGGCUCGUGCCGCGGCCGCCUCUCGCUGGAGUCUCCAUCCCUUGCGUUUCCCCAAGGAAUCACCAAAUUUGGGGAUUCCCAAAUUCCAGAGGGCGUGCUCGGUGGGCUCGUGCCGCGGCCGCCUCUCGCUGGAGUCGCCCGUUUUCCCCGGCAAUCCCGGAAUUCCCAUUCCUUGGGCGUGCUCGGUGGGCUCGUGCCGCGGCCGCCUCUCGCUGGAGUCGCCCGUUUUCCCCGGCGCUGCCCUCGAGCAUCUCCGGCCGCCGUCGGCGUGGCCGCGGCGCUACGUGAUGGGGCACUUCCGCUGGAACCACUUCGGCACCAAGCACAACGGCACCGCCGACGCCGGCAGGAAGCGGGACAACGACGAGGAAGAGGAGGAGGAGGAGGAAGGAAAAGAAUUGGGAAGAAAAUUGGAGGAUUUGGGGUUGUGGGGCAAGGACGGGAAGCGCUCGUACUCCAUGGAGCAUUUCCGCUGGGGGAAACCCGUGGGGCGCAAGAGGCGCCCGGUCAAGGUUUACCCCAACGGGGUCGGCGAGGAGGAGGAGGGUGAGGAGGAGAAUUCGCGGGUUGCGGAGUUCCGGAGGGAGGAGGAGGGUGAGGGUGAGGAUGAGGAGGGUGAGGGUGAGGAGGGUUUGCCGUGGGGGUGGCGGAAGGAGAAGCGCUACGGCGGCUUCAUGGGCUCGCAGAGGGCGCGGACGCCGCUGGUGACGCUCUUCAGGAACGCCAUCGGGAAGAGCUUCGGCAAGGAGGGGCAAGUUCAAUCAUUAAAGAAAAAAGUCCGGAAUUCCGGAGGGAUGAACGCUUGGGAGAGGAGGAGGGAAGAGGAUGAGGAGGAUAAGGAGGGUGAGGAUGAGGAGGAUGAGGAUGAGGAGGGUGAGGAUGAGGAGGGUUUGCCGUGGGGGUGGCGGAAGGAGAAGCGCUACGGCGGCUUCAUGGGCUCGCAGAGGGCGCGGACGCCGCUGGUGACGCUCUUCAGGAACGCCAUCGGGAAGAGCUUCGGCAAGGAGGGGCAGUGACGGGGAGAGAAAACGGGAAAAAUCCCUGGGAAAAAAUUCCGGGGGAAAAUCCGGGGGAAAAUGGGAAAAACCCGGGGAAAAAAUUCCGGGACAAAUCCGGGGGAAAAUGGAAAAAAUCCUGGGAAAAAACACGGAAAAAUUGAGAAAAUCCAAUGGGA